ACAACAGAGUCAUGGCGGCCUCCGUAGCGGUCCGGUCGAGCGUGGGGCUGACUUUGAGACUUUCUAGAGUUAUACCAGACUGUAAUACAUGUCCGUUGUACGGAUUGAAGAGCUGCGUAAACAGCGGCGUUAGUCUACAAAAGCGAGGCUCUUUGGAUAGUUUUCGGACAAUAAAUCGACAUUUGCGGACGAGUAUGGGGCUUCGCCACAGCGAGGAGGGAGGCUCCGAUGCAGAGGAUCCAGCGGAUGUGGUUAAUGUGGUGUAUAUUGAUCGGUCUGGCCAGAGGAUACCAGUUAAAGCCAAAGUGGGAGAUAACGUCCUCUAUCUGGCUCACAAGCAUGGAAUUGACCUGGAAGGAGCCUGUGAGGCAUCACUGGCCUGCUCCACAUGUCACGUGUAUGUGAGCGACGGUCAUUUCGACAAACUGCCAGAACCAGAGGAGAGGGAGGAUGACAUGCUCGACAUGGCGCCCAUGCUUCAGGAAAACUCCCGACUGGGAUGUCAGAUUAUUCUCACUCCAGAGCUGGACGGCAUCGAACUCACUUUGCCCAAAGUUACAAGGAACUUCUAUGUCGACGGUCACGUCCCCAAACCUCACUGAGAAGAGGAGCGAUUGAGAAUCGAGACCUGAAACAAACCUCAAACAAGCGAAAGGUGUUGCUGUGAGCGAGACACCUUGCGUGCUGGUUGAGCCCGGGGACGACCACGAAGAGGCACAGCUAGGUUAGAGUCCGGAGCAACUCCCACAACGUCUUGCUCAGUGACAAAUACACAUAGUGAACUAAUGACAAGACAUGCCUGCAGACCAGAUGCAACUAUCAAAUGCUACACUAGUCUGACAUAUGAGAUAUUAGCGGACACUCAGACAAAAAAAAAAAAAAAA